AUGGAUGUCGAGUGCCGUCAGUGUCAUGCUUUGUUCUGGAAAGCGGAGGUUCCGAGCGCUAAGCAAGAUGCCUUUCAGAUGUGCUGCAAGCAAGGCGGCGUUAUCAGCGACAUUCCCAACCUCCCAGAGGCUGGCUCUGGCUACAUCCGCCGCCUUUUCACGGCUAAUGAUGCCGAUCCAAGCUCUUCCGGCAGUACAGCCGUCAGAUCAAUGCUGCACUGA